UCAAAUUAUGAUUUGGGCAAAACAUUGUUGCUUCUGCAUUUCUUUACAAACGGGAUGUAUUUUGAUUGCACUGCUUGUAAUAUUAUUGUCUGGAAUGAACAUUGACUAUGUUCUACAUCUUUUAAACAGAACCCAUAUCCGAGAAAACCAAUAUAAAUUUCCAGCACAAGUACUAUACACUUCUCUACAACUUAUUCCAGAUUGUUUGUCUGUCGUGGCUUCGUUUUUGCUGUUAUUUGCAGUUAUUUCGCAAUAUUUAUGGCUGUUUUGGACCUGUUUGUUUUUCCAAGCGGUUAUGGCAAUGUUCUUGGUAAUAUUUAGUAUUGUUUCAUCAUCAUCCGGAUCCAAUUUAAUAAUAAAUGAGAGCAUUUGGCAUAAUGUAACCUAUUGGAUGUACGUGGUACUUUGGCUGGCUUUGACAUCGUAUUCCAUGUACUUAACCUACUCGUACUACCGACAACUAAAAGAGAAAGAAACUGAAAAUGCUUUGGAAUGAUUUAUGUCCUUAAAGAUUAAAUAUUUUAGUUGGC